CUAAAGUGAUGUUUUGGUGGAGCAAAGUGACAGAAAAUUUUGAUUCUGGCAGAUUUCAGUUUUUCCAACCUGUAUCGUUUUUGACAAUUUCGAGGAUAGUAUUUUCAGUAAACUUCCUGCCACCCGUCCGGAUCCUUCUCCGUUUUAGAAAUAUUCAGAAGUCAAUAGCUGGCAUUGUUUGUUUCUCGGGAUUUCGACUCUGGUAAAGAGCAACAUGUAGGAUGUAGGGCAUGAUUCUCGUCGCAUCGUCUGGCAGUCCUGUCAGCAGAAGACUAGGACUAGGAUGAGUCACUGAUCCUGUGUUGUCAGUUUUUGAAAGUCCUUUCAACAUCACAUGUAUACCUGAAUGAACAAGACGAAAUGGAUGACAUCAGAGAUAUGGACAGCAUUCCCAACCCAACUGUUAUUCUUCGUAGAAUGGCUGAAAAAGUUUCAGCAUUAGAAGUGGACCACAAUUUGCCUGCUAUCAUGUACUUUCGGUCAGGGCUUCAGAUGGUACGAAUGGCAGACAUGUACUUCAAACAGGGCAGUUUAAAGGAUGCAUAUCUUCUUUAUUUGAGAUUUAUCACCUUAUUUCUGGAGAAAAUACGGGAACAUCCCGGCUGGGCUUUGUUGCCCAAUGAAGAUAGGAGAGUAGCCUCUGAUAAGCUAAAGGAGACAAUACCAAAAGCAGAAAAAUUGAAAGAACUCCUUCGUCAACAGUUUCAGCAGGAGUACCAGCAAAAGGUUUCCAAGCAAUUGGAGGUAGAAAGGCAGCGUAAGAUUGCUGCUGAACAGGAAGCAAGAAAACUAGAACUUGAAAGACAGAAGCAACAACAACAGCAGCAACUAAAGCAGAGGCAUGAAACUGUCAUAACAAACAACCAUAUGACUUCUGAUGUUGUGACUGGACCAGUUGUUCCAUUAGACAGUAUUGUGUAUCCUGAUGCUGAUGUGCGCAAUAAACAGCAAAUUACUCAACCUUCUGCGCCAACUUUUGAGCCUCCUGAAAGCCUGGCUCCUGCCGGUUUUAAUUCUAAUGAUCAAAAAAGUGGAGCAUCUAGCAGGCUCCCAUCAUUUGACCGGAGCACCAAACCAGCCUCUCUCCUCAGUUUAUCAACCCAAUCUCAUCAUGGAUUACGCAUUGUGGUUGUACCAAGUCAAUUGGUUGAAAGAUUCUUAGUAUUGGCUCAUGCUUCUACCCUGAAAAAUGUUGAAACCUGUGGCAUACUUGCUGGCUAUGUGGACCAAAAUCAACUAGUCAUAUCGCAUCUCAUCAUCCCUCAGCAGACAGCAACAUCUGAUUCCUGUACAACACAGAAUGAAGAGGAGGUUUUUAAUUAUCAGGACAAGCACAAUGUUAUUACUCUCGGAUGGAUCCAUACCCACCCAUCUCAAACAGCAUUUCUUUCUAGUGUGGAUUGCCACACCCAUUGUUCCUACCAGUUGAUGAUGCCUGAAGCAAUUGCUAUUGUUUGUGCUCCCCGUUACAAAGACAAUAGCAUAUUUUGUCUGACACAAAAUUAUGGCCUAGACUAUGUUGCAAAAUGCAAAAAAAAUGGUUUCCACCCUCAUCCAACUGAACCACCACUAUUUAUGAUAGCUGAACAUGCCCGGCUAGAAAGUGAUUUGCCUGUGGAAGUUAUUGAUAUGCGAAGAUGAAUGCUUGAUGAAGAGGUUUGAAAACUUCUCUAGGAUUUAUUGUUGAAAAUUGAAAUUCAUUAACUUUAUCUGCCUGUGGAUUCGUUUGACAGUAGUUGUGCUUCAAACAUGCAAACUUACAAUAAAAUAUGUAUCUAAGAUGUAUCUAAGGUUGCCUCUUGGCUCCUCUGCAUCUGUGGCAGCUUCUGUAUGAAUCCUUAUCUUAUGACUGGCCGAACAAAUAUAUUUUUUUUUUUCCUGAAGAAAUGACUUCUUUUGAAAUAUCAUGAGAGAAUUUAGAAAAAUUUAGUUUUUGUAAAUUACAUUGAACCCUACUUUGUUGCAAUAGAGUUAAGUUACUGUACAACACCUUAAUGACUGCUGUGAUUGGAAGCAAAAUAUUGUGCAUUAUUAUUUUGACUCAAUAGGCUAAAGCAAAGGGUUUUAAUCUUUAUUUAAAAUUUUAAGUUAUGGUCAAAUUUGUGAAAGGUCUUUCUUCACUUCACAGAUCCUACAGCCUAUUGCUAAAGCUACUGAAACCUUGCCUGACUCACUUUAAUCAAGCCACUAUUUAUUGAGCUUAAUCUAAGAUUUUACCACCAAAAUCCAUCCUAUUUUCUGUAUUUUGCCUUGUGAUGAAGCUCCUGCUAUCCUAUGUGAUACUUUUAUCCGCAUCUGCUAAGCAAGUAAACCUGUAAACUAAGCUCUAAACCCUAGUAAAGGGUCAAAAUAAUUUUCUAUUGUGUAUCCUGAUUCAAACCACUUCCUAAGUAUUGUUUCAUGGAAAUUGACUGUGUGCACCUGUGAAAUUAUCCAUAAGUACAUGUACUUUAUUUUACUCGAAACUUUGUACAUUCUUGUUAUCUUCUUAUUUAUUUUAUAUAAUACCUUCUGUUUGUGAGACCGUCUGAUUUUAGAACAGUAUACGUAUCCCUUAGAUAUGUCCAAUAAUAUGCUGUGAGUAGUCUUCUCUUAUUUGGAAUAGUAUGUGUCUAGUUUAUAGAUGACCUACCUAAAAAUGUUUGUCUGCAGAGAAACCUGAGCCUAAACCAGUUUUGGUGAACUAUUAAUCAUUUCUAAUGUAAAUUCAAAUUUACAUGAUAAUACUCCUCGAUCUUCACUAGUCAGUCUUUUUGUGUAAUGUCUUCUAUUUUGUUCUUUUAAAAAAAUUGAAAUAGAUAAAUCUCUUAAAA